AUCCAUCACGUCAACAAUCUUGCGGCUGCGACGUUGGCCAAUUCCAACUUCUGUUCUACGCUUUACGUCUUCUCAUUGCCAUAUUUCGUCGCAUCCCAUCCAUGCUUCAUUUCCUUUCUCUCCCUCGACUUCACCAUUUGCUACUUUGUGAUUCACCACCAUGUGGUUGAAAAAGCGGUCCCGAGAGGCCAGCCACCCAGAUGUUUCUCCAGUUCCCGAAAUCCGGCCCGUUGCAAUCCACCACAUCGCCAACUUCUCUUACCCUCGCACAGACUUUAUUCAUCUCUACCGCCAAGCGCAGCCAGAGAAUACUCGGGAUUCCCGAGGAUCUGAGUCCUCUCCGCCGCCUUUGGUCGAGGACCAUGGAUCGGACCUUUCAGUCGAGGACGACGCCCAGUAUCGUGCAGCAGGAGCAAGUCUGUGGGAGUCCUGGCACGAUGACGAACACGAGGCUCAGGAACUGGACAGCGCGGCACUCGUCAAGUCCUCUUGCGGAACUCAGGCGAGCAGAUCGCAACAGGUGCCUUUGCAGCGCCAGCACGACCCAUCGGAAACACGCUGCGCAGCGUUGAGCGCUGGAAGUCAAAGCGGCCAAGCAUCUCAGCAUGCCCCCCUACCUCGUUCGGAAUACCAGCCCCAUGCACCGAAAGUGGCGCCAAAAGUGAGCUACUCCCUUUUCCCCCCAGCCGACAUCCCUCGGCAGCGAGUUCCCGUGGCCGUACAAUUAUCUUCCGACCGGCGACCAGCGGAUCUGGAACCCUCUCCGGUUUCUCCCUAUUUCCUGCCCUCACCUCACUCCCGACACGCCAUCACGGGCGGGAGACACCAGAAUAAGCCUAGCUACCAUUCGAUAUCUUCGCGAGCUACAAGCCCAAGUUUACCGCGGGCCGGUUCUAUCGGAGCAAGCUCAUCCGAUUCAAUACCGUUGCUCCGCCGUAGUCCUGGACCGAGUCCUCCAGCAUCUCCUCCCGCUACACCCCCGUCAGAAGUUCGAAUUUCCUGGGAACGUCCGAACCGCUCUUUGCCGAGAGCAAUCCAGGGUUCAUCGUCACACAUGCAUCUACGCUAUCCUUCCCUAUCCAAAGCCGCAACCCGGUCCUCGCCUUCGCUCACAGUCCUGGCGAAGUCGGAUGGUCAGGCGCAAGUGUCAGACAUCCCGCCCCAAAGGACAGUAACGCCGGCAGCUUUCUACGACCGGCCCCUCCCGCCUCUUCCCAAAGAGGCGGAGCGGCCCUCCACCCCGCCCAACGUCUCGGUCUUCGAGAGCGACUCGGACGACGACGAAGAUGAAGACGGUAACGGCAAGCAAGACGGGACUAUCAACUUUGCUCGCCGCCUGUUGCAGGAUCUGGUUCAUCAUCCGCGCGAUAGGCGUGGGAAAGCCUCGUCUGCAGGGCUGGUGCAUAAACGCAGCGUGAGCGACGAGGGCCCUACUUCUGUUGUGGCCAGGGAGCGUGGCAGAAUCGGUCUCGCGCGGACCCUGAACGCCGCCGCGCGCUACCAUAGGCGGGGCGGUGCUGGAACUGGAGACGGCGAUUCGGCUGCCGGUACCCGGAGGGUUGCUGUUAGUAUGGACCUCCCGAGGGAUAGGGAUGGCAGACAUCUUCAGCCGUAUCGGCAGCUGCCCGAACGGGAGGAGUCGUCGCGAAAAGGAGGCGGGACGAGAUUUUGGAGCGGCAGAUCGAGCAACGAGUUCUUUGGGAGGAUCAUGAGGAGGAAGGGCUGAUUACAUGCUUCUCCGUUGUCCUGCUUCAUCACCAAUACUGGGGUUUCUAAGUGGGCGAUUCCGGUCAUGUUGUCACUUUUGAUUCUUGGUUCUUUUUUCCUUCCGUUUCUUCCCACCCGUUCAUUCUGCUUCAAAUCCCCCGGAACGUUGAUUCCUCCCUCUACCGUCACUGACCGAAAUGUUUCCUUUGUUGAUUGCUGCAGGCAGGCUUCUAACGCUGUAU